GAAUCAUUUCUGUCUGUAUUAAGCUUGAGCAAACAUUAAAAGUCGGUUUAAUUAAAACAGCAAAUAUUCGACAGUCGCCUAAUCUUCUUUAGCUUAGAAACAAAUAGAACAGGCACCAUUAUUCUGCGGCAGGUUGCGUCUUAUGACUUGAGCGAUGUGAAACUAGACUGCCUAGCACAUGAUGUUUAUCAAAAUACGCUACGGCGAUGAUGAAUUGCUGUUGUGUAACCCACAAUGCAGUAUUAAUAAUCUUCUUGACAGCAUUAGAGCCCGCUGUGGCUUGAACACUGCUGGGAAAAUACUGGAUCUCUCAGACGAAUCAGGGUUGGUUUUACGGUUAAAUGAUCAUCGGGAAGAAUAUGCAGACAUUUAUCUUAAAAAAUAUUCCUCGUAUAUAUUGAUUGAGAAACUGGAAACUAACCCGCCACCUGCGGACGAAGUGCCCGUCUUUGAAAAUCAUCCAAACAUCCCCGUGAUCAACUAUGUUCCCCUCCUUGAUAAUUGUUCAACCCUUUUGCCAAAGUUUAAACUUCGUGUCGUCAUGGAUACUGCGGGUCAGCACACCCGCCGCAACGCCAAAAGUCCUCGGCCUUCAAGCCGUGGUGCUGCUCAUCACAGUCAUGUGACCACAAAAACACCAAAUAAAAAGAAGAGGCACGCUUCGAAGACAAAGACACCGAAAGACAACACAAGAUGAUUAGGGUCAGCAAGGAGGAAUUUCGUUUUGAACUAAUCGCCAUAUUUGUUUACAUUUUAUAGGCA